AUGGAUGGCAAAGCUACUGCCAAUGGGGUCCCCCCUCCCCAGACCAAUGGCACGGCAACCGCUGGGAAAGGGGCAGCAGCUGGCCAGCCUGCAGCAAAACCCAAGCCUGCCAAGAACGCUGUGAGAUCAGCCCCCGUCUCUGGAGCUAGGCGGCCUGUGACUGACCACGCCCGCCCGCCCACGGCCCCAUGUGGUGGCGCCAAGCUGCUCAGCAAUGGGGUGCCCCCGAAGGCCGAAGCCUCGCAGAGGAAGCUGCCAGCAGCAGCAUCAGCACCCAAAGCUGGUGCUGCCUCUGCCAAGCCCACUCCGGCCAAAACAGUGGCCAGGAAGCCAGCGGGUGAGAGCGGGGCAAAGCCUCCGGAGAAGGCUGGGCCGGGCAAGGCCGGGCAGCCGAAGGGCGUGAGGAAGACGACAGUUCCAACCAUGGCCUUGGUCCCAAAGUCGGCCUCAGUGAAGCCUGAGAAACCAGAAUCGGCCAAGCCUUCCAGACCCCCUGCUCCAGGGACGAAGGACACCACACAGGUCUCCACCAGAGCCCUGACCAGUAACAAACCAGCCAUGGCCAAACCUAAACAGAUGGCGCCACCUGGUGGCCAGGCCUCAGCAGUACCACAGCAGCAGAAAAACACCACCGCCUCUGCAAAGAAAGACCUCGUCAGAGCUGCCCCCGUCUCCAGGGCCAGGCUGUCUGGCUCGAACCCCACCCUCAACAAGAUUGCUGGCCCGGCCAAGAUGUCCAAAGCCAAGCUCCCGGCAGAGCCCAAGGCCAAGAGCCACCCAGUUCCUGCCACUCCCAAGGCCUUGGAGAAGCCAAAGGGGCCGAAGACCCCUCCCAAGGCAGGGGGCAGCCAUCCUGCCACCCCACAGAGAGCAGCGGCCUCCACCCUGAAGAAGUUAUCCGCUGGGAGCCCUGGCAAGAAGCCCCCUAAGAAAGAGGCUAGCUACAACCUGGAGCCAGUGCCUGUGCCCAGGAAAAAGCUGCUUUCCCCAGGACAGGGAGAGGCCAAGGAAGCUGCUGCCAAUGUCCUUUUGGCCUCUCCUGAUGUCCUGCCUGGCACAGAAAGGGUAGCCCCCGAGGGCGAUGUGAGGCCUCUGGAUGAGAAAGGAUUAACACCGGAGGUGGGCCCGGUCCUGCCCAAGCCGGUCCCUGCAGAUGGGGAUGCUCCCGAGAGCUAUAGGCCAGAGGUGCCGGGAGCAGAACAAACACCUGCCAGGGACCUGGAAGGGGUGGUUGGAGGUGGAGCACCCCAGGAAGGAGGAGGCUCAUCUGGCCCAGAGCUGGUGGCUGCCAACCCUCUAUCCCACCAAGAGAGCUGUCCUGCAGAACAGCAGCUGACCGGUCUCUCCCCACCACAAGGGGUGGGCUCUCCUCCCAGGGAGAUGCUGCCCCCAGCAGGCACAGAGCUCCCUGAUGUGACACUCCAACCCCAGGGAGAGCAGAGCCUGGUGGACACCCCAUCUAUGCUUCUAGACCCCUGUGAGACUGGCCCAGCAGCCCAGGGGGAACCAUUGCCCUGCCAGGAAGCCCCAAUGGGGGCUGAGCACCUAGACUUGUGGCCGGAAGGCAAAGGAAGAGCAGCUCAAGACGUGACCUGCCUGGCCCCAGCCCAGCUGGAUUCCUCCUGCCCAGCUGGGGCCUCCCAGAUGCUGCCCCUCAGCAAAGAGGCCCCUCGGGGUGGCACAGGGGGACAGCGAUCUCCCUGCGGGUCACCGAAGCACCCGGCAGAGCUUCUGCGAGGGGGAGAGCGGGAGGAAGAGCUGCCGGAUGAGCCAGAGGCAGAGUGGUUGACGCACGAGAUGGACUCGCUUCCUCAGGUUGGCCUGGAGGGUUCCUCCCCAGAAGAUGUGGCAGAGCCAGGAGCCGUGGAGCUGAGAGAGGAGAGGGAUGGGAGUGUCUCUCUGACCCCGCCAGGGCGUGGACAGGAGACCCAGGAUGCUCUUCCCCUGGAGAGAGGAACCCAGGGCGCUUGCAGGGGCUCCGGGAAGAUGGGGGAUCUGGAUGCCGAAGGAGUGACUAGUACAGAGGAGGCAGCGGCUGUUUCCCAGGGGAUAGAGGGGCUCAGCGGAGAGCCUGUCCGUGCGGGGCAUGAGCCAGAGGAAGCUGUUCCCCCCACAGAACAGCUCCCUGAGGACAGCAAGGGCCCUGAAGACCAACCCAGUGUCGCUUCUCCCGGCAUGUCCCUCCCUGGUGCUGAGCUGGCCGGAGUCACCUUAAGCAGCCUUGAGGAAGCCGAGCUGCAAUGCACCUGCCUACGUUCUCCUGGAGACGUUGCCGAGGUGGGGCCCACGGAGGGGGAGCCCCCACUGAAGGGUGGGGCUGAUGUGCUGGAGGACCUGGAGCCACGUGCCCAACUGGAGUCACCACUGGGUCCCGAGGUGACUGUGCACAAGCCUCAGAGCCUGCCCCUGAAGAGCCUGGAGCUGCCGCAGGAGCCGGCCCAACGCCCCCCGCCCCCAGGGCAGCUGUCGUCCAGUAGCGCCGAGUCGGAGGGGCCGUCCAAGAGCCGCUCCAAGUCCAGCACGCUGAGCGGCCCCGACCUGGCUGGCAAGAGCAGCAGCGAGACCAGCACCCCGGAGGAGCUGCGGGAUUACGACAGCAGCUCCGGUGUGGAGUCCAAGUCGGACGAGAAGCUAGAACAGAGCUUCCCCCGCAGCCCCCUGGAGGACCUGCCAGGGGAGCAGGACCUGGGGAUCCACAUGGACAAGGGGGAUGACGAGGCAGAGACCCUCCCAGCAGACGAGCUCCUAGGUGACCCGCCCACCGAGCCCACAGUGUCCUCCUCCGAGGAGGAGGGGGAGCUGGAUGGAGACCUCCUGAAGGAGCCCGGCUUCCCUGCCAUGGGCAAGCCUCUGGUGUUCCGGGCGCCAUCCCCACCCCGUAAGCCGUCCCUGGAGGAGUUGGAGGAGCUGGGCUCGGGUGACGCUGGCACCGGGACGCCGGCCUCCACCAACUCGGCCACCUCCUUCGACGCCGUCUUCCACCUCCACUCCACUGACAGCUGCGGGAAGAGCCCGGGCCUCUCCUCCCUGGAGAGCGAAGAGCACUCGGCCGAGAGCACCAGAGACCAGAUCCCCAAGGGCUCCGAGCCGGCCAGCCUCCCCGAGGCGGAAGAGCAUGGCAAGAUCUCCCUCCCCGGGGACUGGGGCUGCCAGCUGGAGCGCCCCCUGCAGAUGGGCUCGGCGGAUGAGGAGGAGCUGGCCUCCCAGCCUUAUGGCACUGCUCCCCGUGGCCCGGCGGCAGGUGAGAGCGGGGCUGGCCUGGGGCCCUUCUCCUGGGGGCCCUGCCCCCCUGAAAUCCUCUCCACCAUUUACGAGGUGGAAGGAGGCGCAGAGACCCCUGGGCAGGUGCCAGAAGAGGAGGAGGAGGAUGGGAACUACCAGCUCCCCCCUGCUGUCCCCCGUGACAAGGCCCCCCUGCACCUGGGCAGCCUCCAAGCAACUGUCAUGCAGCAGCUGAUCAGCCGGACUCUGCUCUUCUCCUCCACUGGGGAGGCACCUGUGGGGGGCAGAGGGGCCCCCGUCAUGAGUGAGGUGGAGCUCGGAAAGUGGACAGACCUGCUGUCACCAUUGGAUGAGUCUCGGGCCAGCAUCACCUCAGUCACCAGCUUCUCCCCCGAGGACGUCUCAUCUCCCCAGGGCGACUGGACGGUGGUGGAGGUGGAGACCUUCCACUGA